UAAUUCUUUUGAACUAAACAGUCAUCACAAAAAAGAAAGUAAACUUUUUAUUUGAUCCAAAAAUGCAACAAGACGAAGCCGAGCCAAAACGCACUCAGCGUUACGUAGACGAGGUCUACCGUCGAGUGCUGGAGAAGCCCGAUGUUGAAGAUAUACUGAUCCUGAAUCGAUCGGGUGUUCCAGUGAAGACCACAAUGGAACGUGACAUAGCACUCCAAAAUGCCUGCUUAUACGACAAUUUUCGGGAGAAGUGUCAGGUCUUUAUGAAUAAGCUGGAACCGCCGCAGGCUCUCACUAUGCUGCGCGUGCGCACAAAGCAGCACGAAGUCAUCAUCACCCCAGAUGGAAAGAUAACUGUAUUGGUUGUGCAAAAUGCUCGUGACACUGCCUCACUAAAUACUGUGUGAAGGGCAUGAUCUCCACAUAAAUGCACUUUUUUGGUGGUGCUUCGCAAAACCAAACCUUACUAUGUUAAUUCUGCAAAUUAAAUAACCAGUUAUGAAAUAAAAUCAUUUCAUGUUAACGGAAAAGAAUUAAGGCAAUAACGCUUUUCGAUUAGCAAAAAUAGAAGCAA